AUGCUGAUUGGGUUAGUUCUUGGUGGAAUCUACCAUAGACGGGUUUGGGAAUAUUUCCUCGAACUCACCGCAGCUUUUCAGAGUAUUGAGACAGCGCGAGCGUACAUCGCGAGUUAUGGCGCACUCGCGCCUGUUGUAUCGGCGAUACUCAUGGUCUUUCAGAGCGUGAUCGCGCCUUUGCCAGCGUUUCUGAUUACCUUUGCAAACGGCACGCUCUUUGGAUUUUGGUGGGGUUCACUUUUGUCCUGGAGCAGUUCGAUGGUUGGCGCGGCGUUCUGCUUCUAUAUUGCCCGCUAUCUCGGUAUCCAACGUAUUACGCAGUUCAUUAGUCAACCGGCAGUUGAUAAAGCAAAUGAUUUCGUUGAAAAAUAUGGCACUUACGCCAUUCUUAUUGCUCGCUUAAUUCCGUUCAUCUCUUUUGAUGUUGUCAGCUAUUUUGCAGGGGCAACCCGAAUGCGGUUUCUCGGAUUUUGGAUUGCCACUGGGAUCGGGCAAAUGCCAGCCACCUUGGUUUACUCUUACCUUGGUGAGACUGCAUCAUCACACAUCAAAUGGAUACUUUUCGUUUUUGGUAUCGUCAUCGCGAUCUCAAUUGUAAGAUGGCUCCUGAAAACCCGAACCCAAACUUCUGGGGAAGAUUAA